AAAAUGUACUGUAUAAAUCUCAUUUUUUACUUCCUGGAAGAUCAAGAUUUAUUUUAUCUACACAAAAGUCAACUGUUUGAAUUGUAUAACCAUUAACCAGUGAUGAAUAAUAGAACAUCAUUGUGCUGCAUUUGUUAACCUCUUUGAUAGACCAUAACACAGCGUUUAUAUGUAGAUGUAGACCAUGGAGUCGGGCAUAUGGAUAUUUAUUUUGAUUUUUAUACCUCCAUUUCAAACUACAACCGCGUCUUUAGAAAAGGAGUAUAUCUAUGUUGAAAAGGAAAUGACAUGGAGUGAUGCACUUGACUUUUGUGAACAGAAUAAUUCGGUAUUGUCAGCUCUCAGUAAGGAAGGUAUUACGUCUAUAGAGACAUGUAACCAAAGCAGUACAGAAUUAUGGACAAGUUCCUUUCUAUAUGCACCAUAUUUAUCCAUAAUGGGUUGCUUCAGAAAUACAAAAAGACUUAACUUUUCAAGUUUAAUGAAACCCUCUAUACUGGAUUGUCAAGAUAUGUGCUCCAAUUCAUCUGCAUUUGCUAUCAUGAAUACGUGGUGUGCUUGUUUAGACGACAAUUUCAGUUUUAUGGAAAGCGAGGAUGCCAAAGCAUGCAAUAUUACAUGCGAGGAUAAAUUUGACUGUGGAGGAAAAGAUUCUAUGAAUGUGUACUCUGUCGUUGGAGAAGAUUUCUUUAAUAAGAGACAACAUCAAAUUAACCCAGACUUGAAUACCUCCUGUCUCUCGUAUCAGUGUUUGCCUGUAACUAACGAAUAUUUCUACAAAGACGUGGACUGUAGCUCUGAAGAAGUCAAAGAAGCAGCUUGUAGUACUUUUUUCUCUUGCACAUUUGAAAGUGGAGAUCCCUGUUUUCUCUCUCAAGUGAAAAACGAUAACUUCGAUUGGACAAUUAGCGACAAAACAACAAUUGGACAACAGGAAGCUUAUCAAGGAUCAUAUUUUGCAUUUGUUAAUGACAGCAGUGGUGAUUAUCAGAAGAGAAGUCGAGCAUCUCUGAGGUCAAAUAUAGACUUUCCCGACUUUAAAGCCAGCGAUUGGUGUCUACGGUUCUGGAUUUACCUUCAGAAUAUAAGUAGUGGUGGAUUUUUAGAAUUUUACAUCAAGAACUGUGAUGAUGUUUUGUAUAAUCAAACAAUUUCCGCCGGUCAAUAUAGUGAAUGGAAGUAUUUCGAGAAUGAUAUCCGAGUUCAGCGAAAAGAUAUAAUUUUCUUUGAUUAUAUUCGAGGUACCAAAGAAACAAACAUUGCUUUGGAUGACAUUACACUUACAAAAGGAAAAUGCGGAAACACAUUUUCAACAGUUCUAUACAUGUUGGGGAAUUUAAAAUGUGGUUUUGAAGGAAACAAAGAUACUUGUUUUGAUCAAAGCAACCGUGACAAUUUCAAUUGGAAGAUUACAAGGAAUGGUCAAAUAACUCCUGGCAGAGAAACGGGACCAAGCAGCAGUAUAGAAGGAAAUUAUUUCAGCCACAUUGAUACAAGCAAAACAAGUCAAAGUAAUCACAAAGGCGUACUUAUUUCCAAAUUUGACUUAAAAGACAUCAAUAUAACUUUCAGUAUGGAGUACAAUAUGUAUGGUACAGACAUUAACACACUAAAAGUUUACCUAAAGAACGGAAGGAAUGAACGAAUUUUUAGAGAAAAGGAGAAUCAAGGAAAAGAUUGGAGACUACUGAAUGAUACAAGAAAAAUAGAAGGAAGAUGGAAGUUAUAUAUAUCGGCAAAUAGAAAAGAAGGUACUCUCGGAGAUAUUGCCAUUGAUGAUAUCCGGAUAAAAAUUAAUCAACCAGAUUUAAAGUUGAAUUGGAUGAAUCAAAAUGAGAGAUGCAAAGAAAAGCUGAGCAGUUAUGCGAUCAAUCAUCAACAAUUACCAUAUCUUCCCUGUCUCUCAUCUGAAUCGGUGAGAUGGACAGGAAUUGUUAGGCCACAUAUGAGAGGGACGGCUACAAAUAUGUUGAAGAAACAUCCAACCAAAGUGAAGGUUUACAAGAAUCUCAGUGUAAAUUAUGCAUUUGUUUGGGUGUCCUUUAAACCAAAUUCAACUAGACCCUUUGUUUGUGAAAGGAAAACUAAUAUUAGUAGACCGAAGGUUUUUUGUGUGGUAAUGAACGAGCAUAAUUCGGUGUCUAAGCCUAAUCCUGUACACAUAGAUUCCACCAGUGAUACACUUGUUGGAGUUCUUGUCGCCUGUGCUUUACUUAUUUUUCUUGGCAUCCUUAUUUUCCUGUUUUGCUAUAAAUGGAAGAAGUCGAACAAACAUCAAAAUCAGCGUGAUACUCCAUCAAUCACUACAGGUAACGCAACUUAUCUGAACGACAGCGAAAAGGUUUUUAUCCAAAGCAAACACGGGACAGAGAACAAUUCAAAAGCAAUAGAAGAAAUUAAGCAGAAGAAACAUCAAGGAAAAGAAAACAAUUAUUCUGAGCAGAAUGAAGAAGAUACUGCGAACGGAAUGUAUGACUUAUCCGUAGGAAAUGAUUACUUUCGAAAAGAACCCGAGGAAGAUUACGAUCACCUCCAUCAGGUUAACAAUAGUAUGACGUCAAAAACGGAUGACCUUUACAGUCACGCGACAGGAAGCCAAUAUGAGUCCCAAAAGGUGAUCAACGAUGACACCUACGCCCAUACCGUCGAAAUAGAGAAUGAAUAUGGUGCGCCAAAAAUGACUUGUCACGAUGAUAAUGAAACAUAUGACCAUGCGCAUGUGCUGGAUGUCGAUCCAGAUGGGGAGUACAAUUUGCUGCAUGAAGUUAAUCGAGAUAAUGAAACGUUAUAUAAUCAUGUAUAAACCUGUACAGUAUUAUUCGUUGAUAUGAAUUAUU